AUGGCCUGGGCCUUGUGCCAGGUCUUGCAUUGUGGAUGGUCAUGCAGCCGAGCAGUGGCCGAGCUUUUAGCGUGCCAAAGUGCACGCUGGGAUUCCUUGGCGCGAUGUCCAAAGAGGCAACGCGAGCGCCGGAUCGUGCUCCAAGAGUCCUUCGGGCUGUUGAGGAAGGCCUGGUGA